AUGCCUACAAUGUGGUUGUCCGAUAAUCAGAGUAAGAAACGCCUACUUUGCACACUUCGCACGAAAGCAUUUCCGGGUCAUUGGCUAACGCACGUCCUUUCUACAACAGAGAUCGGAGUAAUCUUCUGCUCAGCUGCCUGGCGAUGGGAAAUGUACGCCAUCCUAAACUACCCUACUCCAAUGCGAUAUGUGGAAACCCCAACUAACCCACUCCACCGCAGAUCCUCUUCCUCAUCGGCCUCACCCUAA